AGGGGGGCUGCCUCCCGCUGAUUCAUAUCGCUGGGAGAGCUACAUUCCAGCUGGUGCUCUCUUUUGGAGCUCUCCCUGAGCGAGGCAUGACGUCUGUUGUUUUCUCUCAACUCAAUCCUCUCCUUCGAGACUUGGCAUCUUGAAUGAUGGGGAACUGGUCGAAUUCGCCGCUCUUGGCGAUUCAACCAAGCAUUUGCCAAGCGACGCUCCCGCAAUCUUGGACAGCAGGGGGUAGCACGGGCCACCACUUCGGCCCAGGCACCGUUUCUGUCAUGUCUGGUGCCAGCACUGCCAUCUCCUGUCAGACAGGCUGAUGAUAUUGAUUAUUGAUUGGCAAACCAAAGCCAUCAUUAGGUUACUCCUGGCGCUUCUUUUCAUCUCUUUGGAUUUGAGAGAUAUGAAUCGAAUCACCGCUUAACCUGGUUCACUGAUGCCAAGUGAUAACCAUCCGCUGCUUGGCAAUGAGCUCACUCCGCUAACCCCAGCUAUUAGCGUUCAUUAAGCUCAGCCCUAUUGAAUUUGACAUGAUUCAUCACGCACUUCGUAGUGAUAUCCUCUGCAGAAAUUCAUGUCAAAUUCGAUUUCUUGUUUUGAUAGUGACACAAGGAGAACCCUGAGCAAGGCGAUCGUCUCGGCACCGGCCCAAGCUGCAUGGAACUGGAGGACGGGAAAGAACCACUCGUCUUGAUGAUCGCUCCUGGCAUCAUCGCUUGGCACUUGGGCACUGACACAUCUUUUUCGGAGCUGCUUGCCUCUCGGACUCUCCAUCAGAACAGCCCGACAUCAUUCUUCUGGGCCGGCCCUCCGUUUCAUGUACGACCUUUUCACUUCCUGAUCUGUUGCGUGAUGUGGUAGCUGUCACAGACCUAAUUCUAUCGCAGAUACCUCUACAACUCGACACCACUCGCUCGAGCCAGCUUGGCCUUGGCCACAGACACAAUGGUACAUAUAUCUCAGCCCUUCCAGUAUCAUGAUACAAUUGGUCAGCCAUCAAGUGCUGAUAAAUUCCCCAAGAACACCAUCACCCAGACGCAACUAGACCUGCUCAUCCACACCAUCCGAACGACACCCAUCGUCGACCAUCAUGCCCAUCCUCUUCUGAACUGGGACAACCAGACAGGAAAAUACCCCCUGCUCCACAUCACCUCUGAAGCAUCAGGCGACGCCAUCGAAAGCGCCACCACCUCUCUUGCCCACCUGCGCGCCGUUAGACAGCUAUCUACAGAACUCAAAUGUGCACCCAACUGGGAGAGCGUCGUUGCCAAGCUUGAGGCCGUCCGCCUGGAUCCUGAUGAACCCGAUAUCUGGGGUGACUGGAUAAGCCGCUGUCUGGAGGGUGUGCACACCAUCCUCUUGGACGAUGGGUUGGACAACAAGGAAGCUGUGGAAGACCUCGAUUGGCAUACUUCGUAUGUCCAGAGCCCAUGCAGGAGAAUCGUUAGAAUCGAGGCCAUUGCCUCGGACCUGAUCAAGCAUCUUAGCGCGGGCGAGUUCCAUGACGUGCAGAAAGCAGAGGCAAUCAUCAAGGACCCCGCUGCCCUGAAGGAGUUUUGGGAGAACUGGGCAGGGUCGUUUGACAAUGCUAUCAAAAACGCAAUCGACGACCCUCUUGUGGUUGGGUUCAAGAGUGUGGUUGCUUACAGGACUGGGCUGGACGUUGCCGGCAAGGAACCGAGUGGGGAUGCUGUCCAGCCCGCGUUGAAGGAAGUCGUCAAAAAGUUCUUGAAGGUGCGCACCGCGAGGCUGGAGGACUCGAGCUUGAACGACUACGUCAUCCACAGGACGGCAACCCUGAUUCGAGACUACAUGGGGAAGAAUCACGAAGAGGAUAUCAUCAGAAAGCCCAGGAAACCGAUUCAGUUCCAUACCGGCCUGGGAGAUAGUGACUUGACUCUGGCCAAGGCCUCGCCGAGUCACUUGCAGGAGUUCAUCAGGUCGUACCCGGACGUGCCCAUGGUGCUGCUACAUGCUGGCUAUCCCUUCACGAAAGAGAUUGCGUACAUGGCUACGGUGUAUAAGAAUGUGUAUGCCGACAUUGGGGAAGUCUUUCCCUGCAUCAGUAAGGACGGACAGGAGAGGGUGCUCAUGGAGAUUCUGGAACUGUGUCCCUGGUCCAAGAUCUUGUGGAGUACAGAUGGACAUUGGUUUCCCGAGACGUAUCUGCUGGCGAUCAUGCAGAUGAGGGAGGCUUUUGAAAACGUUCUUUGCAGUUACGUCUUGAAAGGGCAAAUCGGCUGGAGAGCCGCUAUCGUACUUGUCCAGGAUCUGCUCUUCAAGAAUGCCAACAAGCUGUAUCAUCUGGGGCUGGACUUUCCAAAGCCAGAGGAAGUUGCGAGCAGGUCUCUCGCGAGAUAUCCCAACCCAUCCCGCAACCUUACGCUGCUCCGCGAGCUCCUUAACAACACAAUUGAGCCGACGUUUGUUCAGAUCUGCUGGAACGAUUAUACCGCCCUGCAGCGUAUGCGUCUGGUUCCGUUCCGCAAGUUUAUGACCCUAUUGGAGGCCGGCAGGUCGCUGGACAUUGGUAUCACCAAGGCUGUUUUUGGUAUGAUCCAGAACGACCAUCUCAUUCCGAGCUCCUCAGCAACAGGAGAAUAUCGUCUACAUCCCGAUUUCUCCUCUCUCAAGCAUGGCCCUGUUGCAGGACACAUCAGCAUGCACGGCGAGUUUCGCGAGCAGGACGGGUUUCCCGUGGCGCUUUGUCCACGAUCGCUGCUCCUUCGGUCAGUCGAGAUCGGCUCCCAGAAGGGACUCGGGUUUCUGCUUGGGUUCGAGAUUGAGUUUCUGUUACUGGAGCGUGUCGAAGACGAUUCGGUUGUGGACCGCUACACAGCUCUCAAGACCGACGGCCACGCGUGGUCUGUCUCCAAGUACUACGCCAACCCCAAGAUCAACGCUUUGCUCAAAAACAUGGUGGAGACCCUCGCCCAGAUGGAUAUUUACGUGGAGCAGAUUCACGCCGAGUCUGCCACUGGCCAGUUCGAACUCAUCCUUCCGCCCUACCCGCCCGUUCAGGCAGUUGAUACCCUGCUGCACACCCGAGAUGUCAUGGCCAACCUGGCCACAGAAGCGGGCUUCAAGAUGACACUCCACCCCAAGCCAUUUGCCAAAGCAUGUGGCACUGCCGCUCAUAUGCACAUGAGCAUCCUGCCCGAAGCCGACGCUUUUGAUGCGGAGAAGGUGACGCGGCACUUUUACGCUGGUGUUCUCAAGCAUCUGCGCGCCAUCACGGCUUUUAGCUAUUCCAACGCGGCAAGCUACGAUAGGGCGCAAGACGGCGUUUGGGCUGGCGGGCGGUGGGUAGCCUGGGGCACGCAGAACAGGGAGACAGCGCUCAGGAAGAUUGAGGGGUCGCACUGGGAGGUGAAGAUUAUUGAUGGGCUGGCAAACCCAUACUUCGUCGCUUCAGCAGUGUUGCUGGCGGGGAUCAGGGGAGUGGAAACAGAGGAGAAGAUGGUUUGGGACGAUUGCGAGAUGGACCCGGCCAAGUUGAGUGAUAUGGAUCGGAAGGAGCUGGGAAUUUCGCAGAUGCUUCCGGCUAGUGUUGAGGAGGCGUUGAGGGCGCUGCAGGAGGAUACGGAGAUGGUGGAGAUGUUGGGGGAUGAGUUGGUGGAGAGGUAUGUGGCUAUCAAAAAGUUUGAGGACGAGUUUUUGGGGAAGAUGGGGGCUGAGGUGAGGAGGUUGUGGUUGAUGGAGCGGUAUUAA